AGGAAAUAUCGCGUUGGCGGCCAGUGGUGACGUAAAACUUCUGCGCGGUGAGUCCGUGUGUACACUUUCGAGGGUGUCAGCCCUAGAACGUCGCAGUCAUGGUGCGGUGCGGUAGCGUGUGGUUCAGAAAGUAUGGAAACUUCAUUGAUAACCUAAGACUCUUCACCAGGGGAGGAAGUGGUGGAAUGGGUUACCCUCGUUUAGGUGGAGAAGGUGGAAAAGGUGGUGACGUCUGGGUUGUAGCCCAUAAGAAAAUGACUUUAAAACAACUUAAAGACAAACAUCCUCAGAAACGGUUUGUGGCUGGAGAAGGAGCAAAUAGUCGUGUUAAUGCACUGAAAGGCUCCAGAGGAAAAGACUGUGAAAUUCCUGUACCUGUGGGUAUUUCAGUAACUGAUGAAAAUGGUAAAAUUAUAGGAGAACUCAAUAAAGAGAAGGACAGAAUUUUGGUAGCUGAAGGAGGUCUUGGUGGUAAAUUACUUACAAAUUUCUUACCAUUGAAAGGCCAGAAACGAGUCAUUCACCUUGAUCUAAAACUUAUAGCUGAUAUAGGCCUAGUAGGAUUCCCAAAUGCAGGAAAAUCCUCUUUGCUAAGUCAGGUUUCUCAUGCAAAACCUGCAAUCGCAGAUUAUGCAUUUACAACAUUACAGCCUGAACUUGGAAAGAUUGUGUAUAAUGAUUUCAGACAGAUAUCAGUAGCUGAUCUUCCUGGUUUAAUAGAAGGAGCGCAUAUGAACAAAGGAAUGGGCCACAAAUUCCUCAAGCAUAUAGAAAGAACUAGACAACUACUUUUUGUUGUCGAUAUUUCUGGAUUUCAGCUUUCUUCCCAAACUCAAUACAGAACUGCCUUUGAAACCAUAAUACUUCUUACAAAAGAGUUGGAGUUGUACAAAGAGGAACUUCAGACAAAACCUGCACUCCUGGCAGUUAAUAAAAUGGACUUGCCAGGUGCCCAAGAUAUGUUCCAUGUACUGAUGAAUCAACUCCAGAAUCCUAAAGAUUUUUUGCAUUUAUUUAAGAAAAACAUGAUUCCAGAGAGGACUGUGGAGUUCCAACACAUCAUCCCCAUCUCUGCAAUUACGGGAGAAGGAAUUGAAGAAUUAAAGAACUAUAUAAGAAAAUCUCUGGAUGAACAUGCCAACCAGGAAAAUGGUGCAUAUCAUAAGAAACAGUUGCUUAAUUUACAGAUUUCUAAUACAAUAUCUUAUAAUGAGCCACCACCAAAGAAUGGUGUUACUAGUCCCAGAUAGAUGUAAUUUAAAUCUAUUAAAAAUGAUAUCAAGGGGCCCCUGUGUGGCUCAUUUGGUUAAGUGUCUGACUCUUGGUUUAGGCUCAGAUCGUGAUCUCGCGGUUUGUGAGAUUGAGCUCCGUGUCAGGUUCUGCACUGACAGCAUGGAGCCUACUUGGGAUUCUCUCUCAUUCUCUCUGUUUCUCCCUUGCUCACAUGCAUGCAUGCACACACACACUCUCUCUCAAAAAAAUAAAUAAGUAAAAUAAUAAGAUACAGAAAUUGUGUUCAUUUCAAAGACCUGUUUUUUUAGGUUAGUUAUUAUUAACCUUCUGAUAUAUACGCCAUCAUUCAAGAACCAUACUUUCUUGUUUUGUAGUUAAGUGCAUUGAUAGUAAAAAAGUAACUUAAAGCUAAAAAUGACAAUUUGUAAUUUCAUGGCCAAUUCACCUAAAACAAAAUCCUGAUAUUCCUGUAUUAUGAUGUCUCUAGUGAGGUCAUUUAUUUAUAUAUAUAUAUAGAGAGAGAGAGAGAGAGAGAGAGAGAAAUUUUUUUAUCCUAGGAUAUUAUUAGAAUGAGCAACUAGGUUUUGUUUUUGAGUCUGUCUUGUACCUGAUUCUACUAAAUAUGUGAUAGUUCGUUUAAUUGGAAAACCUCAGAACCCUAAAUUUCAACUUAUGUUCAGUUGUAGUGAAGAUCACUGAUAAUAUUUAACAGAAACUAGCAGGUAGAUGUUUGUAAUUUCACCUUUUAGACAUUUUUCUUUCUUAAGUGUAAGUAUUUUUUCCUGCUUUGGAUCAGACUGGUGUAUCUCAUUUUGUUGUGCCCAUAUCUGUUUUGUUGUCUAUUCUCAUAUUUUAGUAAAGAGAAGUAAUAAGAAGUGUAAACUUUAAACAGUAUUAUCAAUCAUCAAUAUAUUCUAAAGAGAUUAAAAUUUCUCAAUUUCUGUUGUAGUUUCAAAAAUUCAAAUUGGAUAUUUUUUCUUAAUUAGUUUCAUUAUAAUAUAUAUGUUCAUUGUGAAAAAAAUUUGAACAGUGCAAAGCAUAUAUAUCUUAAUUAGUUUUAUUAUAUAUAUAUAUAUAUAUAUAUAUAUGUUCAUUGUAAAAAAAAAAAAAACAAAAUUUAAACAGUGCAAAGCAUAUAAAAGGAAAAAGAAAAGUUCCCAUCUUUCUGUGUAGGGCCAUCCGGUCCUUCCCAGAGAAAACCACUGUUAAUAGUUUCUUAUAUUCUGGCAGAAUUUUUUAUUCAUUUAUCUUUUUACCCAAAUGAGUUCAUUAUGUAAACCUAAGGGUUUUUUUUAAAUAGUAGCAAGUUAAUUAGCUUUUUAAAAAACAUAACUUAUUGUCAAAUUGGCUAACAUACAGUGGCAAGUUAAUUAGCUUUCAAAAAUUAUUCUUCAUGGACUUCAAGCUGUAUUUACUAAGCUGUAAUCAUCAAGACAGUAUGGUACUGACACAAAAACAAA